AUGGAGGAAGAGGAAGGUAGGAAUAAGAUUGAGAUGGAGCCACCGCCACCCGCCACCGCCACCGCCACAGCCAGUGUUAAAACCCCAGAAGCUGAAACCGAAGCACCGACUCGGAUCCAACCCAGCAAACCCUUAUCUUUCACCAACGGCGUACUCAAGCGCCACCACCACCGCCACCACCGCCACCACCACCACCUGAGUGCCCCACCUGUGGUGGUCACUUACAAGGAGUGUCUCAAGAACCACGCGGCCAGCCUCGGAGGCCACGCCGUCGAUGGCUGCGGCGAGUUCAUGCCUUCUCCCACAUCGAGCCCCACCGACCCCACCUCUCUAAAAUGCGCCGCUUGUGGCUGCCACCGCAACUUCCACCGUCGUGACCCCGAAGAACCGCUCCCAGCGCCUACCAGCACCGCCGCCCAACACGUCAUCGAGUACCAGCCCCACCACCGCCACCACCCACUUCCUCCACCACCAGCACCACACCCACACGGCGGCCACAGCAGCCCAAAUUCAGCAUCUCCGCCGCCGAUCUCUUCCUCCUACUACCCAUCCGCACCCCACAUGCUCCUCGCCCUCAGCGCAAGCUUGCCGGGCCCACCGCCAGAAAACAACCCAUCAAUGGCCCCCACGGCCGGCACGACAGCAGCGAAUUCCAGUGGGAGGAAGCGAUUCAGAACAAAAUUCACGCAGGAUCAGAAGGAGAGGAUGCACGAAUUGGCAGAGAGAGUUGGGUGGAAGAUGCAGAAGAGAGACGAAGAGUUGAUCAACGAGUUCUGCAGCGACGUUGGGGUCGACAGAGGUGUGUUCAAAGUCUGGAUGCACAACAAUAAAAACACUUUUGGGAAGCACAACAACGGUAACGGUAAUGGAAAUGGUAGCGGAAAUAGUCUUGACAACCAUGAAAAUAACAGCAAUAACAACAACCACCACCACCACCACCAAAAUCUGAGCAAUCAACACCAAAACAAUGAUAGUGUAAGUGCACAUGUUGUCGCGACUAAUGGGUCUUCUUCUUCUUCUUAAUCUUUAAUUAUGGACAAAUAAGUACUACUCCAUUAUUAGAUAGUGAGAGAGAGAAAGAGAGACUAAGAGAACAACUGGUCUUAUUAGUUGCUCUUUUGUUUUUGUUUUUUGUUUUUAAAUCUUGUUUAAUUAAUUAAUGACUAGUGAAGUGAUCACAUUGUUGAGGAUAACUCUCUUCUGCAGGGAAUUUUACUUUGUUAAUGUUUCAUCUUA